CGAGUUGGUGUGGGACCGAGUUGACCUGCACCCAAGUAGCAGACUGUGUACAAGUACAAGGCCGUGAAGUUUGCGCAAAAUAUUAUUCAUUAAAUAAAUUAUAACAACAAAACUAGCGCACCUCGUAUGCGGCUGCCUAGUGUCGUGAGCUGAGGCGCCUGUCUCAUAAUUAUAAUAAGAGCAACGCGGAAGGAAGUCUGGCACAACUAGCUUGAGCUGUUCAGCAUACAACAUGGCUGAAACGGGCGAAGACAAGCACGACAAGUCGUUCGACAUCAUCAUAUUUGGGGCGAGUGGUUUCACGGGGCAGUAUGUGGCGGAGGAGUUGGCCCGUGUUGCCGAGGAAGAAGGCAACUUGACUUGGGCUGUGGCCGGUAGGAACAAGGAGAAGUUGGAGGGGGUGUUGAAGCAGGCUGCUGAAACCACAGGAAACGAUUUGAGCAAGGUGGGUGUCAUUCUUGCCAAUGUGAACGACAACCAGUCAAUGAGUGACAUGUGCAAACAAGGCAAGGUGUUGCUCAACUGUGUGGGACCGUACCGUUUCUAUGGCGAGCAGGUUGUCAGGGCUUGUGUGGAGAACGGCUGUCAUCAUAUUGACAUCAGUGGAGAACCACAGUUUCUGGAAGGCAUCCAGCUGAACUAUGAUAAAAAAGCCAAAGCAGCUGAUGUGAUUGUCGUAGGUGCCUGCGGCUUUGAUAGCAUCCCAGCGGAUAUGUCGGUAGUCUUCACCAAAAAGAAGUUUCCUGGUGUUUUGAAUACAGUGGAAAGCUUUGUGUCUUAUCACACAGGCCCAAAGGGUGGUGCUGGUCACUUCACUACAUACCAGUCGGCCAUUCACGGAUUCGCUCACUUUGAUGAGUUGCCCAAGCUACGCAAGCAGUUCAACUACAAGCCGAUGCCCAAGUAUACCCCAAAGCUUCAGAGGAGAGGAGCUGUAUUUUACAGUGAGAAGACCAAGAAGUGGUGCACUGUGUUUCCUGGCUCAGAUGCGUCUGUCGUCCGCAGGUCACAACGCUUUCUGUAUGAGAACAACGAUGAACGACCGGUCCAGUAUGGCGCCUACGCUGAGAUCGGUGGCUUCUUUGCCCUCAUGAUGGUCCUCUUCUUCGGCAUCAUCUUCUCCUUCUUGGCCAAAUUCAACUUUGGGAGAAAGUUACUGGAAAAGUACCCCAGGUUGUUUACUGGUGGCUUGUUCAGCCAUGAGGGACCUACCCGCGAGCAGAUGGAUGCAAGCACAUUCAGCUUUGUGCUAAAUGCCGAGGGAUUCAGUGCCGGUGCCGACGAGGAGCAGACCACUCAUGAUGUCAGUAUGGUAACCAAGGUAACCGGGCCAGAGCCUGGGUACGUGGCCACACCAAUUGUGAUGGUGCAAGCAGGCCUUGUGGUCUUGAAGGAGAAGGAUGAUAUGCCUGCAAGUGGUGGUGUGUUCUCCCCUGCAGCAGCUUUCUCCAGGACUAGUUUGAUCGAGAGACUUGACAAGCAUGGCGUCAAGUUCAGCGUGGUCGAGACGGCUCUGCCCCCCAAGGUGGAGACGGCUCUGCCCCCCAAGGUGGAGACGGCUCUGCCCCCCAAGGUGGAGACAGUUAUGCCCUCCCAGGAGUAGAGAAAUCCAGGCAUCCCGUGUCUUGCCGCCAGCGUGCUAACAGGCAAGAGGAUAUCUGCAAUCACUUUCCCAUGAAUUUGGUUAGAUUGUCAUCCCAUGAUUAUAGUUAUAGUAAAAAAUACUUGUAAAGCGUUGAUGUCGGCCAAGCAAGAUGCUCAUUGUGUGUAAUACAUCAUGACUUUAAAGUAGAGUCAACAAAAACAAGUACAUUGUAGUACAUUUGAAGGAUGAUUGCAUUAAUGACAACGAAAAAUUGGAAGGUUGUAUUUUCAUGACUUUUAUCAAUCACGUUGACCAUUUUUUUGUUCCUAUUUCCUGCAUUGGAUGUAACAGUGACGUAUGAAACAAUGACAAGUAUGAAAUCUUUCUCUCCCCCCCCCCAACUCUCAAGUGUUCAGUUGUAUUAUGGGCAAUUCCACCGUUACGGACGUUACAUUCAGAGCCUAAAACCAAGUUGAAACAAAAAAAAAUAAAAUACUUUUAGUGAAAGAGAAUUUUCUUUAUUCGGUACAUGACAUGGUUAAUGCAUUGUUAGCUGAAUUAAGUGCUGCAAACGACCGUUACAGAUGUUACGCUUUAAGACAUGGAUUUUUUUUUAUUUUCAGUGCGCAUCGAUAAAAGUCUUUGAAAUUUCUUGCAAGAAUUUAAUGAAAUAACUGUGUUGUGGUCAACAUAUGACGUCAAAUUACUAAAUAUUGCAAAAUGUGUGCUUUAUUUAAUUGUAUAAGGGUUAUCAUGAAAAUCAUGUAAAAUGUGAUUAAAUAACUUGCAUGUGCUAUUGUUGCAUCUUUGUUUUGGUUGUAUGUUUUUUUGGUGUUUUUUACCUUAUUUUGGUGAUGCUGACACAUCUGGGGUUUUUUGGGGUGAAACAACGCAAUUAUCCAAAUUUUAAAAUCUUUACUUGAUUCUAAAUCAAGAGAGAUGUAAAUGAUCUAUAAUGGUGGCUGUUGUGGAUGAGACAGCAUUAUAACAUUUUCUUUUAUCUUGUUUUUAUCAAGAGCAAUUUAGUAUUUUGAUUUGAAAUUGCAUUUCUUGAUUAAAUCUUUCAUUGAUAAAAUGAAGAAUCUUCAAUGAAGGAAUUAAGUUUGGGAACAAAGAAGUCUUUCGAAAAUCAAACGAUAACUUUGUUUAUAUUCUCCUUGAGCCUUUAACAAUUACAAGUGGUACGUUUGUUUUACUGUCAGAGAAACAAUACCUUUGUGAUUUGCUUUGCUGUUACUAUCUGAUAUUAUUUUUGAAAUUAGAAUAAUAUCCAAACUUUGGAGCAAAGUCCAUCAUAAAUUUUAGUAU